AUGGACUCGUUGCUCUCUGAUCUGUCCAAGCUCUCAGCACGAGCACCGAGCCUGUACAACAGCACUGUGCCCUCAUCCUUCGCUUCCAACUUGGACGCAUUCAUCACUCAGCUCGAGACGGAGCGAGCGUCAUCCAGUCCCAACCUGCCCCUCCUCGCGGACGCCUUUGCCUCGUUGCAAUCCAGCAGCUCUACGCGCGUAAAGGAGUACUACAAUGCUCUGGCUCGGCUGGGCAAAGCGCUGGACAAGAAGUUCCCGUCCAGCUUGAGUGGCAUCGCCGAUCCCAACCUCUUCUCCUCGCCCUCGUCAAAGUAUGCGCUCGACUCGACUGUCGCUCUGCAUCUCAUGCGAGCUGGGGAGUGGGAGGUUGCCGAGACGUUACAAAAGGUGAGUCGGACGAUGCGCGCCGUCGUUCCGUUUCUAUCAUCCUAUCUAUUGCUUCCCACCACCACAUGGAUGGUCUUAAGAGCCAUGGACGGGCCUCGAAGGGAAGCGAUUCCCGGUCCACUUUUACAUGUCCAGCGUUUGAGUCAUAGCCGUCCUACAUCGCGUCGAGGGAGCAUGUGUGCCCUCGAGAUCUUUCUGAAGCGCUUCGCGAGGGCGAUCGAUCGUGUCGAACAGCUGCUGUAUAGCGCUGGUCGAGGCUGUCGCUUUUUGCAGCGCUUCUACACAGGAGAGAUCGCACCGUCUUGCUUGCUCUCGUUGCAGACAGCACCUCUUGCCUUGGCCGCUGCGCACCCUCAUGGGGUCCGGGCUGCAGGCUGUGCACAAAAUUUUCUGCCAUGACAUAGCAAGUGUGCUACAUGUGUACACGAAGCCAUAGCUUGCCAAAUUUUCUCAUUUCAGCUGACGCCGUGAGUCAAAUUUUGACAGGAAGCAGGCAUUCCGCACCCCUCACCACACGUCAAUUUUAAGGAGCUCACGAUGGUCUUGGAAGCAUUGCACGCUGAGCAGCCUGGACUUGCCAUCGAAUGGGCAACCACGAACAGCAAAUGGCUGGCUGCCAGAGGUUCUCCGCUGGAAUUUGUAUUGCACCGAAGCGUGUUUCUGCGUUUGGCUACUGGUCGUCUCGAGCAUCCUGAUGAGACAUCCGGGCGAAGCAGAGCCUUGCACAGGAAUGGUAACAGCAGGCUUCACAUCGAUGGCACCGAGGGGGACGCAACGAUGGAGCACUGGACAGAUGCACCGGAAGAAGGUGGCGGUGCGUCCGAGGACGGGCACAGCAACGAAGCCCACUCAACUUAUCACGAUGCUCAUCCCACGAUGAGCAUGAGCGGCGUCAUCAACCAGCAUGGAUCUGGAGAUGGUCGUGCUGAACCCAAUCCAAUGCUUUCCCAACUGAGCGCAAUGAAGUAUGGAAAUACGGUAUUCCCCAAAUUCAUGCACACCCAUUUGGUCGAGGUUGAGAAGCUGUACACCUUCCUCAUCUUCCUCCAGCCUCACGCCAGCGACCUUUCGGACCAAGUCUUGUUUACGAGCAUGCCGCUGCAGUACCGCCAUUUCUUGGACAACAAUACCAUGCAUGGACCACUACUCGCGCCGCUCUUUGAAGCAGAGUGGUGCGCCAGGAAAGGCGUGGCGAAGGAAGCGCCCCUCAAGCUAGCUGUCGAAGUCGGUGCGGGCGGCGCGCUGAAUCGCAUCGCCAAAGUCAGGGCUGUGAUGAAGCAAAGCGGCAACGAGUGGAGCCAAGCCGACGAGCUGCCGGUGAGUACGCUGAUCAUGCAGGGUACAGCGUGCCUUUGGUCUUCUCGUGUCUUUGGUCUGAUCGAGUGCGCUCGACUGUCGCUUUGCACAGGUCGAGAUUCCUUUGCCGCCCCAUCUUCGUUUUCACUCAACGUUUGCCUGCCCAGUCUCCAAGGAGCAAGGAACGGAUGAGAACCCGCCGAUGAUGAUGACUUGCGGACACGUCGUCUGCUUGGAGUCUCUGAGCAAGAUCGGCAAGGGCAGCGGACGAGUCAAGUGCCCUUACUGUCCUACCGAGAGCAGAAUUGGCGAAGCUCAUCGCGUCUACUUUUGA